CGAUGAAGAGAAGAUUUCUCGUGAUAUCCGUGAUUUCUCUACAUUGUGUGAGAUAAAAAUAACUAGCGAGCACAUUUACUUGUUACUCACUUAUUAAUUUUAAAAUUUAAAUUAAACUGACGUAUAAUUGUAGUUAUGUAUUUUUACUAUAAAUAAAAAUAUGAAUUUAAAAAAUAAUUGGAUGUUGUCUCAAUCAUUUUUCAAAUGGACCUGGCGCAAACGAUAUUAUUCUUCAACAGUAAUGUCAUUAAAAGAAUCAAAUUUAAAUGAUAAUUUAAGUUCUUUCAAAAAAUUCAAGUAUCCAGAAAGCAUGUUUGUGUCCUGUAAUGAUGUAGCAAAAGAUAUAUCAGACACAAUAUCUGUACAUUUGACCAAAAAUUACGGUAAUAAACAAAUUGAAAUAAUUGAAGCCAACCCUGGUCCCUGCUUAAUUACACAAAAUUUAUUGAAAAAAACCAAUUACAAUAUAUGUGUAUAUGAAAAUAGUUAUAAUGUAUUUAAAGAAUUCUUAAUGACAGUUCAUUCAAUUUAUGGUGACAGAAUUAAAAUUAACCCUGGGAAUUUUCUCUUGCUGUGGAAAUUUGGAUAUCAAGAUAGAAUAGAUCGAGGAGACAGAGUAUCAAAAUUUCUAUCAAGUGUUGGUAUACCACAGCAACCAUGGAACCAAGAAAGUCCAUCACUUAAAAUAAUUGCCUCAUUACCAAAUAAGAAGUUUUUAAAUUAUUUGAUUUAUAGUUUUAUAUUUCAAACUGGAUUGAUGGUUUAUGGUCGACCAGAAUUUUAUUUUUUACUUUCACCAUCAGUAUUUAAGAGGUAUUCCAGUAAACCAAUUAUUGAUAAAAAAUAUUAUAAAACACAAACAAUUCUUUUUCAAACUAUCUUUGAUAUAGAAUUAAUAAAAACUUAUCCAAGGAAAGCAUUUUAUCCUGCACACAUUUCAAAAUCUGCAUGUAAAAAUGUGCGUUUUAAAGAGUUAAAAGAAGCAGAUGAUAAGUAUAUGGUCUUAGCAAAAGUGGUAGGCCGUCGAGAUAUUUUAAAUCAUGAAGGCUUAACAGAAGAUUUAUUAAAACCAUAUUGGUACUUUGUCAAGCAUCAUACACUAAGCCGUAAGAAUUUUGUAAUACCAAUGUUAGAGCAAUGGAUUCCUGGUUGUGGACCUCAUUUUAUUGCUCAAGGAUACACAAUAUUUACACAGUUUGGUGAUCUUACACCUCCUCAAAUUUUACGCUUAUUCUUAAAAUUUAUUAGUUUGCCAGAGUAUAAUGAUUCACCAUUUAUAAAUUCAAUGGAAAGUAGAAUUGCUAAAUUAUUACCUUCAUUACAAAUCACGUCUGAAGACUCUAUUAUUGAACAAUCUGAAAAUAACUCUUCUAUAGACUUUGAAGAGUUUAAUAACAAGGAAAAUUAAUUUAUAAGUAAAUAAGACUGAAUUUAAAAUUAUAAUAUUAAUAUUAUGAAUUAUUAUAUAUUUGUCAGAUCGUGUAUUUUAUUAUAUUUGUAUUGAUUUGUAUUAAAUUAGUAACAUUAUAAAUGUAUUUAAUGAUGUGUUUUAAACUUUGAUGUACAAGGGGUGUACUUUUUAAUAAAACCUAUGAUCAGAAUUACAA